AUGGCCGCGAAUUACUGGCACUCGACGCAAUGCAACUCUUGGCUCUUGGACCGUGCCGUGCUCGAGUCGAUCCGCGAUGAGGACCGCAAAUAUGCCGACUCGUUUGAGCUCGCAGGGAUAUCGACGUGGUGCAUUCAGGCGAUUGCCAUGCUUUCCAAGCGUUUGAACCUGCGGCAGCGCAUUGUGGCCACGGCGAGUGUCUACUUUCAGCGCUUUUACAGCAAGAAUACGUUCGCAAGUACGGACUGCUUCCUGGUGCUUACGACGUGCGUGUACCUCGCAGCAAAGGUCGAGGAAGCCGCGGUGCGGAUCCGAACGCUCUGUGCGGAAGCGUCGAGGAUGUUUUCGGAAAUGGGGUACACGGAGCUCCCGAACUCGAUCCCCGUCGUGGCCGAGAUGGAGUUUUACCUGCUGGAAGAGCUCGAGUUUGACCUCAUCGUCUUCCAUCCCUACCAUGUGCUGCAGCGCCUGUGCGAAGCGUGCAGUUCUGUGCUCAUGCCCGAGCGCACGCCCACCAUUCCGAUGAAGCGGAGCAGAUCGCCGUCAACGCCAAUAUCCGCACUGGACGACGAUGCCAAGCCCCGAGAGAACCAGCUGCUGCAAAUGGCCUGGUUCGUCGCGAAUGACCUGUACCGCACCGACCUCCCUCUGCAGCAGCCCCCGUACAUCCUCGCGAUCGUAUGCCUGUACCUUGCAUUGGUCCUGCUGCCAACGAGUGCUGAGCAUGUGCAGGCCGCGCUUGCGAGCGGUGCGACGCAGCCGCCGCCCCCCGCACUCCUCUCCUUCUUGGCGGGCCUCAAUCAUGCUUAA